GUUAAUUACUUGUUACUUUUUGUCGGGGAUAAGCCACAAUCAUCAUGUCGCCAAAACCGCAGCAAGAAACGUUAGUCCAACCGGAGUCCCUAGGUGAUGCUGAUGCAGGAAACCGUGUGGUCAUCACCGGGAUGGCGGGGUCUUUCCCUGACAGCUAUAAUGUUAAGCAGCUUGAGGAAAUACUUUACAAGAAGGUAAAUCCAGUGGUGUCGAAAGAACCGAGGUGGGAAUAUAACCACCCAGAGAUCGCAAAUUACACCGGCCAAGCUCCUGAUUUGAAGCAUUUCGAUGCUCAGUUCUUCAAAGUGCAUUACCGACUAGGAAACUCUAUGGACCCAAUGUCUAGGAGAAUUCUUGAACAUACAUAUGAGGCAAUAUACGAUGCAGGUAUAUGUCCUGAACAGCUCAGUGGGAAAAAGGUCGGUGUCUACAUUGGCACAUGUAUGUCAGAAUCGGAGAAAGCCUGCUUCUAUGUUGCAAAUGCUAAAACUGGUUUUGGCAUUGCUGGGUGCAGCAAAGCCAUGUUUGCUAAUCGUAUUUCUUACUGGUUAAAUGUCAAAGGACCCUCAAUGUCUGUAGAUCAAGCUUGCUGCAGCUCAUCGGUUGCUUUACAGUUGGCAUAUGAGGCUAUUCGUCGCGGUGAUUGCGAAGCAGCUGUUAUAGGUGGUGCAAGUCUUUGUCUCCAUCCUCAACAAUCAAUUCAUACUUCAAGGGUUAUAGAUUUAUGUCCCGAUGGUAAAACAAAGUCGUUUGACAAGAAUGCUGAUGGCUGUGCUCUAUCGGAAUCUAUUAGCGUACUUUUCAUACAAAAAGCCAAAGACGCUAAACGUAUUUAUGCUGAAGUGCUUCACGUUAAAAAUGAAUAUACAGAAAUAGUCAAAACUGAAACCGGCCCAAAAUAUGGAUUUUAUCGCGACGUUGGUGACAUGACUUAUUUCAUAAAACAAUUUUAUAAGGAAGCUAAUGUAGAUCCUGCAGACGUUAAAUACGUUGAAGCUGUGGGUUCUGCAACAGACGAAGUAGACAAAGUUGAGCUUGAAACAUUUAACAAUGUGUAUUGUACACAAAGACGUGAAGAACCAUUGCUUGUUGGAAGUGUUACUUCUAAUAUUGGUUAUACUGCUGCUGCUUCGGGUAUCUGUUCUAUCCUUAAGGUUCUUCUGGCGUAUCGUAAUGGACUCUUAGCCGGAAAUCUGCAUUGCGAAAAUGUUCGUGACGAUAUAGAUGCACUUCGUGAUAAACGCAUUCAGGUAGUCACUGACCACAAAAAGUUCAACGGAGGAUACGCCGCUGUUAACGGAAUAUCUAUCACCGGUAUCAACGCGCAUGUACUUUUGAACAGAGUCUACAAACCCAAGGAUCUGUCUCGGUACCAGACUAGCAUACCACGAUUGGUCACAAUAUCUGCCAGACAACAGUCAGCGGUAGACAGUAUUUUUAAGGACUUGAAAAGUCGUCCGGUCGAUCCAGAAGAAUUGGCUUUAUUCUAUAAUAUCCAUGAGAAUCAUAUAAGCGGACAUCUGGGUAGAGGAUUUGCAAUUUUAGACACAAAUGAGGAUCAAGAGACAGUAUGCUUGGUGCAGAAGUCAGAUUACUUCGACGAUGCUAAGAAACCUUUGUGGUUUGUGUAUAGCGGUAUGGGCUCCCAGUGGGUUGGAAUGGGAGCCCAUCUCAUGCGUAUACCAAUCUUCGCUGCAGCCAUUGAAAGGUGUGAUAAAGUCUUGAAACCUAAAGGAAUUGAUAUUGUUCAUAUAAUAACAUCUCAAGACAAGACUAUGUUCGAUAAUAUUCUGCACUCGUUCGUCGGUAUUGCUGCCAUUCAAAUUGGACUCACUGAUAUACUAACUGCAGUAGGAUUUGUACCGGAUAAAAUAAUUGGACACAGUGUGGGUGAACUGGGCUGUGCAUAUGCCGAUGGCUGUUUCACCGCUGAAGAGAUGAUUCUGUCGGCUUACAGCCGUGGUCUGGUUUCUGUACAAACACCUUUUAUUCGCGGUUCCAUGGCUGCGGUUGGUGUGGGAUAUGAAAAAGUAUCAAAGAUGUGUCCACCGGAGAUUGAGGUAGCUUGUCACAAUAGUGCUGACUCCAGUACAAUCUCAGGUCCAGCUGAUGAAAUGCGUGCAUUUGUUUCCAAGUUGACCGCAGACGGCAUAUUUGCAAAAGAAGUGCCGUCAUCAAACAUUGCUUAUCAUUCUCGCUACAUUGCCGAAGCAGGUCCUGGCUUACUGAAAUACUUGAAAGAAGUUAUUAAGGAACCCAAGGCUCGCAGUGAAAAAUGGGUGUCUACUUCCGUGCCUGAAGAUAAAUGGAAUACAGAUGCAGCAAAAUAUUCAUCUGCAGAAUAUCAUACCAAUAAUCUGCUUAAUCCUGUACUUUUUGAAGAAACAUCGCGUUUGAUUCCGCGUGACGCUGUCUGUGUAGAGAUUGCUCCUCAUGGCUUACUGCAGGCUAUUCUCAAACGAUCUCUGCCUGAUUCUUGUAAGAAUAUACCCUUGACGCGAAGGGGUCAUAGUGAUAAUGCAAUUCAUGUAUUGGAAGCUAUUGGAAAGUUGUAUAUGGAGGGAUACAAUCCGAAAAUAAAAGCUUUAUAUCCCAAGGUAGAGUUCCCAGUUUCAGUUGGGACACCAAUGUUGGGACAUCUGGUAGAAUGGGCUCACGCCGAGACAUGGCUUGUACCAUUGUAUAUCUCUGCACGUAGACAGACCACAGCGUGUUACAAAAGCAUCAUAUCUCUAUUCGAUGAUGAGCAUAAAUACUUGUCAGGCCAUGUUAUACAAGGAAAAACUGUUAUCCCCUACUCAGCAAUAUUGGUAUCUGUAUGGGACACAUUAGCUAUGUUAUCGGGUGAUGACCGAAGGUCUACAUCAGUGGAAUUCACCAAUGUUCAACUUUUAGCGCAACCAAUUAUUCAUGAUCAAAAGCAGCUCAAACUAGUAACGUCGUUUCACAGAGGGCAUGGACGUUUUGAGGUGACUUAUGAAGACACGCAAGUUGCUACAGGAUUCAUAAGUGGAUACCAAGAUGAUAAGGACAGAGCAUUCAGUAGACAUUCUGAAGAAACGAGUACAAGAAUAUUGAACUCGAAUGAUAUUUACGAACUAUUGUACACAAAGGGUUGUAGCUAUAAAAACGAAUUCAGAAGCAUACUAAAUGCAAAUACUUCAAUUACCGAAGCUGAGAUACAGUGGAAAAACAAUUGGGUGACAUUCUUAGAUGCGAUGUUGCAACUGCAAAUUGUGAAACGUCAGAAUGAAGCUAUAGCCUUUCCGAAUUUCAUAAGGAGGAUUCUCAUUGAUGUUAAUGAGCAAGCACAAUUUAAAACAGACUCUAUUGUUGCUAAUGUCUUUGACAACUCGCAUUUGAUAAGAUGUGGUGGUGUACUUAUGGAAUCUUUUAAGUUCCAAAACGUAACCUUCUCCCCACAUAGAGAGUUGUCGCUAUUGGGUCUGAAGAACCCAGUUCAAGCAUUAACGGCAGAUAACUUAAAGGUCGUAAGAGAAUCAAAGCCUUCUUUACGAGGAGCUACGUUAUCUUGUGGUCAGAUUGGUAAUCUGGAGUCCUUGCAGUGGGUGGAACAACCAGAGUUGACUGAAACUGGGAUCGAGGUCAAGGUUGCUUAUGCUGGUUUGAACAAUAUGGAUUUGCAGAGACUUACCGGUACUGUGCCGUUUAAAAAUGAAAUUGCCUUCGGAAUGGACAUCAGUGGACAUACUAAUAACGGAACACGUGUAAUGGGACUGGUGCCACAGCGAGCCCUCAGUACGAGGGUUCGAGUUGAUAAGGCUCUUUUGUGGCCGGUGCCAGAACAGUGGACCUUGGAAGAUGCAGCUACGGUUCCACUCGCGUACUGCCUCGCCUAUUACUGUCUUGCUAUGAAGACUACUCUGCAUCCUGGAGACAGUGUGUUAGUCCACUAUGGCAGUGGGGCUCUUGGACAAGCAUUGAUAUCUGUCGCCUUGGCCUACAACUGUGAAGUUUUUACUACAGUCAGCGACACUAAGAAGAAACAAUUCAUACAAGAGCUAUUCCCCAGUAUUGAUGAUGAUCAUAUUGCCAAUUCCCGGGAUGCAUUCUUCAAAGAUAAAAUAUUAUCCGUCACAAAUGGUAAGGGAUGUAAAAUUGUGAUUGGUGGUACCAGAGGUUGGCUUAAAAAUUGCUCCUUAUCAGUCACCUCAAUUGCUGGUACAUACAUAGAUACAGCAUUAUUACAGAUGCAAGAAAACUUUGAUUAUGGCAUGAAUUCGAUGAAUUUGGAUAGAUCAUAUGUGCCGAUAAUUUUAGACACCAUUUUCAAUCAAAACGGCUACAACAAUAAGGCUCUUCUCCAAAAUCUGUUAAGCGAGGGAAUAGCUAAAGGUAUCGUUCGGCCUCUGACACGUGUGACAUACGCGCCGAGUGACGUCACAAGAGCCUUCAAACUGCUCUUAGUAGCACAGAAUCGAGGGAAGGUGCUCAUCAACAUGCAAAAUGCUAUUUCCGUUCAAAAACUCAGGUUACAAUUAUCAGAAGACUGCUGUCAUGCUAUCAUCACUGACACCAACAUACUUGGUAUGCAGCUUGCUGAACGUCUUGCGAACCGUGGUGCAAACAAACUGCUGAUAGUCACUUCUGACUUGGGCAACAGCAUCCGUUACAAAGUUGAAUUGGGAAGGAAGAACGGACUGCAAAUUGAGUUAAAAUUUGUAGACAAUUAUAAUGAAGCUGCUAUUGUGAACGCUCUCCAAUGUAGUGUUAAUCUGGGAGCAAUUCAAACUGCGUACACAGUUGUAUCGAAAAAUAAUGUUCGACUUGGAUUACUUUUGGACCGCAUACAAGGCUUGGUGAAGAAAGCAUGUCCUUCUUUGAGGAACCUAGCUGUCAUAGAAGUUAACAACCCUGAAAGGAAACAGUCGCCUUUGGUGCCCGAGGAAGGGUUCAAGUUUAUAACUCUACCUACAAUUUAUCUGCCUAACAUUAAAGAUUCAACUGAUGGUAAUGUAGAUAUUGCAACUGCUAUUGAGGGUAUUGAGCAGGCUCUUCUUACUCGUGAAGCUACUGUUGUUGUUCAACAUAGAACCAAACCAAUUUCAGUGUUAGAAGGCUUGCAAAUUAUUACCGGUAUUGACUUAUCAAAAGAUGUUAGCAGUGAUGUGCCGUUGACAGAUACAGUUAAGGACUCAAUAAAAUUGCGCAGUGUCAAGGAUUAUAUAAGGGAUACAUGUAAUGUAUCAUAUGCGGACGUACAAAUGGAGAAAUUAACAAUUCAAAACAUUCUUGACAUCGAGAGCCUCAACGUAGAGCAUUCAUACAAAGAAACGACUGGAAUUGAAACGUUCUUCUCUUGCGUAGAUCCUGAUGAACUUUUGUCAACGACUGAAAUGAUAUUCCCUCCUACCCUGGUUACUAGGUCGUCGAUGCGAGAUGAUGAAUUUGAUGUGAACCAAACAUUCUUGUGUAUUGUACCCGGAGUCGAAGGACAUCAUGGUCGUUUCCGUUUGCUCUGCGAGAGGCUGAAACUACCAGUGCUUCUGUUACAGCCUAGUGUUAACAGAAAAUACGAGACCUUUAGUGAAAUGGCCCAAAGGUUUACUGAGAUCCUGUUGAAGAAGACAAAGUUGCAAAAUAACUUCUAUUUAUUGGGAUAUGAGUCAGGAAUUAUGGUCGCGUUGGAAAUGGCAGCCAUCCUCGAACAACACGGAUUAACCGGUAAAGUAUUCUGUUUGGGAGGAUCACCACAUGAAAUUUCGACGGAAUUCAAAACCAAACUUGGACACCUUAGUGAGAAACAUUUACAAGACACCAUUAUAAAGCACAUGGUGUCUCUUGUAGCAGAUAGCAAUGUUGAUGUAGACCCUAUACUGAAUAAGGCGUCGACUUGGCAAGAAAAAGUGGUGCUAACUGUAAGAGAGCUAACAGGUCGUGUACCGCAUUCUGGACAGUAUGCCAAAGAUCUGAUAGAGACAGCAUAUGCACGGAUAUGCACUGCAUUAAAGUAUAAAAUGAAGCCCCUUAAACUCAGAUCUCGUAUCAUUAUUUUGCGUGCUCAGCUUAACACAAAUGAUUCAUCAAUCCAGGACUAUUCUUCAGAGCCUGUUUUAGUCUACCAACUCAAAGCACCAUUGGCACACUCCGCUAAAGACCUUCGAUGUUCUGCAAUAAUUAAUAAUCACCUUGAUAAAGAAUUGCUUGAUGCUUUUGAUAAGAAAAAUCUCUGUGAAACGUUCUUACUGAACGCUGACUCAUUCAUGGCUACAUUAGGUAAUUAAAAUGUAAUUAUAAUAAUUUUCAAAAAUACAUAAAAUAUAUUUGGUUAUGGAUUUGAA